AGGACCUCGCGAAAAGAGCAGCGGAAUUCAAAUUUUCAAAACAAACCCGUGAUUGUUGUUUCAUCAUGCGAGUUGUUACUCUUCGCUGGCUAGCUGUUAAAGACACCACCUAAAACCUCCUUUUAAACGAGUUAAAUAAUGGACGCGGAUGAAAAGCACGACUCCAGCACAAAUGGCAAAACGGUGGAUAUUCCUAAACCGCCUUCAAUCGAGGAUUUCGUCAUUUUGAAGCCCAUCAGCCGCGGUGCCUUUGGCAAAGUCUACCUUGCACGGAAAAAGUGCAAUACCCGAUUAUACGCCAUUAAGGUGAUGAAGAAAGCAGACAUGGUUGAUAAAAAUAUGACGGGGCAAAUGAAGGCAGAGAGGGACGCACUCGCUCUGAGCAAAAGUCCCUUCGUGGUUCACCUGUUUUACUCCCUUCAGACGGCCACCAAGAUCUAUCUGUUGAUGGAAUACCUCAUCGGCGGAGAUGUCAAAUCUCUGCUUCACAUAUAUGGAUAUUUCGACCAGGAUAUGGCAGUUAAAUAUAUUUCAGAGGUUGCUCUGGCUUUAGACUACCUUCACCGUCAUGGCAUAAUCCACAGGGACUUGAAGCCGGACAACAUGCUUAUAUCCAAUGAAGGUCACAUCAAGCUAACAGACUUUGGCCUUUCUAAAGUCAAACUUGAAAGAGAGCUGAGCCUUAUGGAUAUCCUAACCACCCCAUCCUUGGCUAAACCAAAGAAAGAUUAUUUCCGCACUCCGGGUCAAGUCCUCUCCUUAAUCAGCUCCCUUGGAUUUAAUACGCCCGCAGGAGAGGGCAAGCGUCACUGCAGCGCAUCUACCAUGUCCAGUCCCGUGUCCUGUGGCAAAAUAAAACAGAAGAAUAACUCUCUUGGUUCUCCCUUGAUGGAGAAAAAAGAUCAGCUAUACUCUCCUGCUCGCUACCCUUGGAAAUUGGGACCUAACAACAGUGUGUUUAGUCCUCACAACCUGGCUAAAAAUCUGACUCCCACACUGCUGAAGACCAGAAAGAGGUUUGAGACAAUGAGUGCAGGCAGCACCACCGACACUGAAGGUGGCAUUAGUCCACUGUGGGAGUGUGACCAGAAAGAAAAUGAACAUACUAAUGAACAGAAGGGGAGAGGGCACUUUGAAUCCAAAGGGCAUAAACAGGACUUUGUGCCCACGAAACCUGGCACCUCUGGGCUCUCUGCUAAGACCAGCAGCAAUCUGCCCAAAGAGUCAAACCCAGUAAAGCUUUCAGAAAAAAGGCCUCGUGCCAACAAGCGGGAGUCUGUUUCCACAGCUCAGGAGGACAUUUGUCUAUCAGAGACAGAUGACAGUCAGAGUGCUGUUCCCUCAUCUGUGAAGAGGACAUUUUCAGAUGUAGAGAGAAGUCCGGAGCCAUUAGAAAUCCAAGCCAAGAAGAGUAAUGCAGACUACAGAAGAUGCUACGAGAUUCCAGAAGAGGCUGCGAGGUUUCGCACUGGCAUAACAGGAACAUUUGCCACCAUCCAAAUAGGCGACUUUGUGGCCUCCGCUGAGGGGCCUGGGUUAGCUGAAGACCGGGUCCCAAAGCGCUCCAGUCCCAUUGCUGUGGCCAAAACCCUGUUUUGUGAACUGGAAGAGCCAACGGAGGACGUGUUUGAAGAUGGAGCCAAACACUUACCACAUUCAAGUUUCACAUCACCGCCUGCUGGGAACCGUGACAUUUGCCGGAGCUUGAGCCUGGACUCUGAUGGGUCUAUGCACGAGACGUCUCUAACUAUGGAGAGCCACUCAUCUCUCAAAAUUGGCAAGUGUUCCAAAAACAGGAACUCACCAUCAUCUGAGGAGCAAGAGCAAAGUAAAGACUCAUCUAUCACUGAAUCACUACCACAAACUCCCUCUGCUGUUAUCACUGAAACCCCCAGACUCCGGGAUUUUAGCCGGAGAUGUGAAUCUCAGUGUUCCUUUCUCAACCAGUUCCCUGAUCUGGCCUGUGGUGUGGCGCAAUCGCCCUCCUUCCUCAAGCCGCGAAACAUCGUAGCUUUCCGUAGCUACUGUAGCUCCAUCAACCACUCCAACAUGUCGGGGGUUUCCCGCCUUAGCAGUGGGUCUGUGGAGUCUAUGGACGUGUCCACAGCCGCCUCUUAUCACCCUGCGUCUGGCGCCGCAACCCCAGUGCAAAAAAGACCCAAAUCCAGCAGCUCUCUCUAUAAGACUCCUCAGCCCAUGUCGACCUCCCACACCCCUUUCAGGACUCCAAAGAGUGUCCGGAGGGGUGCGCUGCCUGAUGAGGGUGCACGUAUUUUGGGGACCCCUGACUAUUUGGCUCCGGAACUACUUUUGGUAAAACCACACGACUGCAUGGUGGAUUGGUGGGCGCUGGGCGUGUGUCUUUUCGAGUUCCUCACAGGUGUACCGCCUUUUAAUGACGAGACGCCUCAGCUGGUCUUCAAGAAUAUUCUCAACAGAGAUAUCCCGUGGCCCGAGGGAGGGGAGGAACUGUCUGAAAAUUCAAGAAAUGCCAUUGAAAUACUCCUGACAAUGGACAUGACCAAACGGGCUGGUCUCAAGGAACUCAAGUGCCAUCCCCUGUUUGAGGGCCUGGACUGGGACAACCUGCAGAAUCAGCCGAUGCCUUUCAUACCUCAGCCAGAGGACGAAACGGACACCUCCUACUUUGAGGCAAGAAACAACGCUCAGCACAUUGCCGUGUCCGGCUUCAGUUUAUAGAGCUGCGAACGCCGUUUGAGUUUUACUGCAGCGAGCAGUCAGCACAUUUUGGCUGUUGAUGAAGUCAGAAUGUGUGGGGGGGCAGUUGAUGAGACGCUGUCACCGCGAUAAACCCAAAAAAAUCAGACCCAUUAUACAAAUAAAUACACUAUAAUGAUGUGGAUUCUGAUUGUUUGUUGAAGGCUGUAUAGUAAUAAGAAAUAAAAAAAAUUUAACAUAUGUGCAAUCACAGGUCAUAAGAGUCAGAUAAAAGCUGAAUCUGUUGACUGCUCAGACAGUUACGAGUGUACAUAUUAGAAAAUGAAACUCUUUAAUACCUUUAGUAAGUGUUACCAUAUUACAUACAGUAGUUAUAGCUCUUAAAUAAGGUUCUUUCUUUAGCAAAAUAUCAUUUGCUACCAUUUGGCUUUGAUUUCUCUGUUGUCAUGGUUUUAUAUUAAUUAAACACAAAAUAACUAUGUAUGUCAGUUCAUGUCAGUGUGGCACUUCCUGCCUGAUGGUAACUUUCCAUGCCGAUUUUUGCUGUUCUGUUCAUCUUUCUAAUGUUCCCCUGUUGUUAGUAGACUGGGUGGGCGGGCCCCCUGAAUUUCUUUGAGGGGGCACAAAACUGCUAAAGAAAAACAUCCUAAUAUAUUCAUGAAUAGUGUAUUUUAUUUGUAAAUCUUGUUUAUAAUGUUUAGUGUCGUUUUAAGACGGGAGUGUGUACUUUAUCUAUUUUGCUGCUUUUAUGUCACUUGUAAUUCUGAUGUGAUAUCAUGGUCCACUGUCCCAUUUUCCACGCUACUAUUUUUUU